UGUUGUCAGUUGUCAAGUACAAUUUGUUAAGACUGAAGGAAUGUUCUUUAGUAAAAAAAAGUAGUACUCGUUUCUAUUUGUAUAAUUUCUAAUUAAUUAUUGUGGUGGAAGUUUUAUUUUGUCGUGCGACAAUAACGAACUUUGACUUUCCAACUACUUCUGGCUUAACUGAUAUAACUCUGCUUCGCCGUGAUUCUCGUUUUGUAUUGAUAGUGAAUCAAAAUUCCAAAUAUUUUCAUUUCGCAAAAUGGACACAUUGAUCUUAUGACGCAGCAGUAGUACAAGUUAAUUCACCGAGCCUGCGCCACUUAUCUUCACUCAUCGUCAAAACUUCAUGGAAACCAGUUGUUCUACUUUGAAGAACUUUUAAGGGGGGUAGUAGAUGCCCCACGCGGCCCCAGUGAGCGCCAUGUCGGCCGCGCCGCGCCAUCCUCACUUCUACACGGUCGAGGUGGGCGACACACGCUUUACCAUUCUUAAGCGCUACCAGAACCUCAAACCUAUUGGCUCCGGAGCACAGGGAAUCGUAUGUGCGGCUUACGACACGGUGACGCAACAGAACGUGGCGAUCAAGAAGCUGUCGCGGCCUUUUCAAAAUGUGACGCACGCGAAGCGCGCCUACCGCGAGUUUAAGCUCAUGAAGCUUGUCAAUCAUAAAAAUAUUAUUGGAUUGUUGAACGCAUUCACACCGCAAAAGAGCCUGGAGGAGUUCCAGGAUGUCUACCUGGUGAUGGAGCUGAUGGACGCAAACCUCUGCCAGGUCAUCCAGAUGGACCUGGACCACGAGAGGAUGAGCUAUCUCCUCUACCAGAUGCUGUGCGGCAUUAAGCAUUUGCAUUUGGCUGGAAUCGUACAUCGGGAUCUGAAGCCGUCCAACAUUGUGGUGAAAAGUGACUGCACCCUGAAGAUCCUAGAUUUUGGUCUGGCCCGUACUGCCGGCACCACCUUCAUGAUGACGCCUUACGUCGUCACUCGAUACUACCGCGCACCAGAGGUGAUCCUGGGCAUGGGAUACACGGAGAACGUGGACAUAUGGUCUGUGGGCUGCAUCAUGGGAGAAAUGAUAAGGGGCGGAGUACUCUUCCCUGGGACAGACCACAUCGAUCAAUGGAAUAAGAUUAUAGAACAACUGGGCACGCCCUCCGCGGCCUUCAUGGCCCGUCUCCAGCCCACCGUACGCAACUACGUGGAGAACCGGCCCCGCUACGCCGGAUAUAGUUUCGAGCGAUUAUUCCCGGAUAUCCUGUUCCCGUCGGACAGUAGCGAGCAUAACCGGUUGAAGGCGUCCCAGGCUCGUGAUUUGCUCUCACGUAUGCUCGUCAUCGACCCGGAGAGACGCAUUUCUGUGGACGAAGCAUUGUUACAUCCAUACAUUAAUGUCUGGUAUGACGAGGGGGAAGUUAAUGCGCCCGCCCCCGCAGCGUACGACCACUCGGUUGACGAGCGCGAGCACACGGUGGAUCAGUGGAAGCAGCUCAUCUACCAGGAGGUGGUGGAGUACAACGCCCCGACCCCCGCGACCCCCGCCGUCGCGCAUUUGGCGUCCGCCGACCUGGCGCCGCCUGCCCACACCGCAUAGGUGACGUUCACUUUCCCCCUCUCUAUUUUAAUCUGGUCUGUGGUUCGUGCCAGUUUUAAAAGGAGGUUAUACUUUGAUAUUAAAAUUUAGUACCGCGACAUCUCUAGGCCUCCUAAAUGAGUUUUGUCUGAACAGGUUUCAACCGAAUGACCGCUGAGAUGUAAGGGACGUGCAAGGACAAUAGUCGAGUCUCAAAUCCCUGUAUAUACUAUUAACGUGUUAUACGUUCGAUAGAGUGCAAAUGCGACUAGGUUAGCUCAUCCGGCUCCGGGCUCGUCUAUUGUAGUCUUUUCCUCUUUUUAUCUUAAAACGUGCAGAAGGAAAGCACGUAUUUUUGGUUUAGAAACUUAUUUUAAAAUUCGCAAUAAAUUAGGGAAUAAUAUUAUUUUUGUUAGCGCAAUUUUAAUGGCUUUUACAGGCUUUGGACUAGAGUUAAUGUUUUUAUUAUUUAGAUGCUUUUCAAUUUAUUUAUAUUGUAUCAUUCUUGUUCAUAAAUCUUUUU